AUGAGCAAAGCACGUCGUUAUUGGUCAAAUCUUGUGAAUGGUUAUGAUUGGAAUCGAAUACAACAUUUAGUACCUCAUGAAAAUAAAAAUGAUCAAAUUCGUUCUGGUCGUGCUUAUUCAACUGCAUUUAUAUCAUCAGUAACAGCAAAAAAUAAUCUUGAAGUUGGUGCUGUUGAAGAAAAUUCUAUUCCUAUUAUUUAUUUUGAUCGAGAUCGAUCACAUGAUAAUGCUCAAUUAUAUUCACAAAAAUUAGCACUUGAAUAUUGCUUAAUAAAUAAUUUAAUUGAUAAAAUUGAACCAAAUGAAAUCAUAUGUCAAUGUGUUGAACAAUCUUUUGAAAUGAUUAUUGGUAUGUUAGCAAUCUUAAUAAGUGGUGCAGUUUAUUCUUCAUUAUCACCUUUGGAUUCACCAGAACGACUUAAAACUCUUAUUCAUAUUGAUGCAUUGCGUACAACUGAUAGAGCUAUACAAUUAUCAUCAUGUACUUGGGAUAUUCAUAUUCAUGAAGUAGUUGGUACUCCUCUUGUGGGUGGUACUGUUAUACUUUUACGUUCAGAACAAGGAAAUCGUAAUAUGGAUUAUUUAUCUCAAAUUAUUGAAAUUCAUCAAGCAACAUAUGUUUGUAUUGUUCCUACAUUACAAGUUCUUUUGUUUGAUAUUGUAGAAGCACAAAAAGCAUAUUUUCGACUCAAUACUCUUCGUUUAAUAUGGUCUGUAGGUGAACCAAUCUCAUGCCGUUUUAUUGCUCGAAUUCUAUCUAUGUUACCUAUUGGAUGUCAAUAUAUAGAUUUUAGUGGUGCCACAGAAGGUACAGUCAUACAAAUGUUUCAUGUUGUAACAAAAGAUGAUGAACUAUCAGAAUCAGGUACAGUUCCAUCAGGUCAACCCAUGCCUUAUUUUCGAUGUCAUAUAUUGGAUCAAUUUCUACAAAUUAUACCAAUCGGAUAUAUAGGUGAACUGUUUGUAAGUGGGCCUAUUAUGAAUGGUUACUUAAACAGACCUGAUCUUAAUAGCAAAGCAUUAGUUCAACUUCCAGAUGAACCUGAUAAAAGUUAUAGAACAGGUGAUUUAGCUCGAUUAAUACCUUCAACUGGUAAAAUUCAAUUAUUGGGUCGUAAUGAUUUUCAAGUAAAAGUAAAUGGACAACGAGUAGAAUUAGAAGAAAUUCAAGCAGUUAUUUAUCAAUCUAAUUCAUCAAUUUCUAACUGUGCUGUCGUUAAAGUAGUUGAACGUGGACGAGACCAUUUAAUUCCAUAUAAACAAUUAAACAAAACAUCUACAUCAGUUCCAUUUGAUGAAAAAUUAAUUCGUAUUAAUUGUCCAGAUCAUUUGCCAUUUAAGUCGAAUGGAAAAUUAGAUAAAGCAGCACUUACUAAAGCUAAUCCAUCAUCAUUACUUUUACCACUAAAUAAUGAUGAAACUUCUAAUGAUCAUGAAAAGCAAAUAUUAAUGACAAAUCAACAACAACUUGUACAUGAUCUUUGGUGUGAUGUAUUACAAUUCGAUAUUAAAAUUGAUCGAUUACGUCAAGCUAUUGAUGCAAUUAUUGCUAAACAUGCUAUAUUUCGAACAUCAUUAGAUUGGAAUAUAAAUACGAAUGUUUUAGCUCAAUAUAUUCAUCAAUUUAAUUAUAGAAAUCAAUAUGAAUUUGUAAUUAGUUAUGCUGAAAAUGAUGAAGAAACAACAAAAAUAAUUAAUAAAGAAAUUACAAAUGAAGAAAUAUAUUUAGAAAAAAAUGAUAUUAUUAUUUUUAAUCUUCAUCAUAUUGCAUUUGAUGGUGCUUCUCGACGAAUAUUUUUUAGUGAUCUUAAAUAUAAUUUAGAAAAUGAUAGUACAUUAUUAAAUAAUGAAAAUCAAUUUCAAUAUAUUGAUUAUUCAGUUUAUGAAAAACAAAUGGAUAUAAUAUCAUCUUAUCAUUUUUGGCAAUCACAUCUCGAUGGAUUGAAUUUAAAACGUCGUAUCAUGUUACCUUUUGAUCGACAUCGUUUAUUAACUGAUCAACAUUCAGGUUUUGCUCAUCUUAUUGAUAUUCCAUUUGAUAUUGAUUUAAUACAUUCAUUUCUUGAUUAUGCUUCUUCACAAGAUAUUACACCAUUUCAAUUAGGUCUUACCAUAUUUUAUACAUUUUUAUAUAAAUUAAGUCAGAAUCAAAAUGAUCUAUGUAUUUCAUGCAUUCAUGCUAAUAGAUAUAGAACAGAAUUACAAAAUCUAAUUGGUAUGUUUGUUGCAACAUUACCACAUCGAAUUCAGAUCCAUCCUGCUUAUUCAUUCAAUCAUCUUAUCAAACAAGUUCAAAAUGAAUUUUAUUCAAUUUUUGAACAUACACAUUAUCCUCUUCUACAAAUACUUCAAGAUUUAGAUUACAAACAUUCAUCUGCUGCUUUUCUCAAUAUAUUAUUUGAUUUCAUUACUUAUUCAUCUGAUACUGAUCUUCUAUCUAUAAAUCAAGCACAAUUUCAACCAGUACCAUUAAAACAAAAGCAAAAUGUUAUUAAAUUUGAUAUGAAACUAUUAUUUUUUCAUGAUCCAACAGUUAAAAAUCAAACAAUAUCAUGUUCUCUAAUCUGUUCAGAAGAUGUCUAUGAUAUCGAAACAGUAGAAGAACUAUCAAAACAAUUUCAACAUCUUCUUUCACAAUUGUUUGUUAAACAUUCAUCUUCAACAACAAAAACAACAUCUUUUGAUUUAGUUAAUUAA